UCUCCCACACUUAGGAGACCGUGUCAGCUAGUAGGCUAGCUAACUGAAUCAUAAGAAAAAUAUAAAUUCUAUAAUUUAUCAGUAAUAGUGUUUUCCCAACAAGUAACUGCAUGUUAGAAAGCUGUGAAGUAUGAACAGCUGCUGCUGUUUCCACUUUAACUCCUGGGAGCGUCUUUCUUGUGAUAGACAUCAGAUUUGACCAAUAAACGUGAAGUCCAGCGUUUCGUCCUCCAAUGGGAUUAGCCAGGGGCGGGACAUGAAUGUUUACUGCUUCAUUCACUGCUAGUCUAUGUUGGGUUGUUGACAAGAUGGAGUUUUUACUGGGAAAUCCGUAUAGUACACCGGUGGGACAGUGCAUUGAAAAGGCUACAGAUGGCUCCUUACAGAGUGAAGACUGGACUUUAAAUAUGGAGAUAUGUGACAUCAUCAAUGAAACAGAAGAUGGGCCCAAGGAUGCCAUAAGGGCUGUAAAAAAGAGACUUAAUGGUAAUAAGAAUUACAGGGAAGUGAUGCUGACUUUGACGGUCCUUGAGACAUGCGUGAAGAACUGUGGUUACCGUUUUCAUGCUCUUGUCACCACCCGGGACUUUAUUGACGGAGUUCUAGUGAAGGUCAUUUCACCUAAAAACAACCCCCCUGCUAUAGUCCAAGAUAAAGUGCUCGCCCUUAUACAGGCUUGGGCUGAUGCUUUCAGGAGUAGUCCAGAUUUGACGGGUGUGGUCCAUGUCUAUGAGGAAAUGAAAAGAAAAGGCAUAGAAUUCCCAAGGUCAGACAUGGAGACCUUAUCACCGAUCCACACACCACAGCGGUUGCAGAAUGCUCCAGAGGGGGAUCAUAAAUACAAUGCUCCAGUCCAGCCCAAACCCCAGCCCCAACCAGGCUCUGUCCCUGCCUACUCUGCUCCACUUCCCCACACCUCCCCACAAAUCCCCAAUCUGCAAAUGUCUGGACCCAUCAACCCUACUCCAGAACAGAUUUGCAGGCUACGCAGUGAGCUAGACAUUGUGCGUGGCAACACUAAAGUGAUGUCUGAGAUGUUAACAGAAAUGGUGCCCGGCCAAGAGGAUCCUUCUGACCAUGAGCUUCUGCAGGAGUUGAAUAGGACCUGCAGAGCCAUGCAGCAGAGGAUAGUGGAGCUGAUCUCUCGCGUGUCCAACGAGGAGGUCACAGAGGAGCUGCUGCAUGUCAACGACGACCUCAACAAUAUCUUCUUGAGAUACGAAAGAUACGAGAGGUUCAGAUCCGGUCGAACUGCUCAUGGUGUCAAUAAUGGGCUGAGGGAGGUCCUGAGUGAAGCUACUGAGGAUAACCUGAUUGACCUGGGACCAGGGUCUCCAGCAGUUGUCAGCCCCAGAAUCAGUGCUACACCUCCCACCAACCUGCCUUCCACUGUAACACCUGCUCGAUCAGCUUCCCCAGCCACUCUGUCUUCUAGACUAGCUGGCCUUGAUGUGGGUGCUGACAGUGUUAGUGGCACUCUGAGUUCUCUAAGCAGCUGUCAGCCGCAAGACGACUUUGACAUGUUUGCUCAGACCAGAACCGGCACACUGUCCGACCAGCAGAAAAAUACACCAUUUGAAGACACACAGGCUGCAAGUGGAGCGGCUCCUACUCUUGAUGUUAGACAGCAGAACUCUGCAGGGGACGCUCUUGUCCAGUCCUCUGUCAUGGAUGACAUUGAGGAAUGGCUCUGUACUGACGUGAAAGGAGAUGAAGGAGAAGAAGGUGUGACAAGUGAAGAAUUUGAUAAGUUUUUGGAGGAGAGGGCUAAAGCAGCAGAGAUGGUCCCAGCCCUUCCAACGCCCCCUGGUGGAGACCCUGCUGCUGCAGUAGGCUCAGCUGCAAGUGCUGGUAAAAAAGCUGAGCGGUCUGAGGAUGCAAUGUUUGCCUUGUAGAUGGGGUCUUUUAGCUCCUCACCAUGUCUCAGCAGUGCUCAGGCCCCUGCACGUGAUAAGUGGGCAGUUGUGCAGACCCAAGGGCCUCUUCUCUCUCUCUCCUCUGCUUCCUUCAUUACUACACAAUCAACACUAUGGCGGCUGCCUACUAUGCAGUUUGUACCCUUGGUCGUGAUCAGACUGGUUUUGUGAAGGUAUCCUGAAGAAGCAUUUUCAUAUUGGACAUUUUCAUACACUACAAGGUUUUAAUUUCUACCACCUCCAAACCCACUUCCACCCCCAAAAAAGCCCCUAUUUACAUAAGCAUGAAAGGUCAUUGUCAUAAUUUAUGAACACAUUAAAGCAGACAGCAGGAGCUGGAAAAUUUUUCACUUACCAACAUCCUCAGUUAUGCAUGCAGCAACAAGACAAUUCCCAUUUUACCAGUUUCCCAAGUGCUUAUUUUCCCAUUAAUUCUCUUUAUCUGUUCAUUCUUUAAAUAGUAAAUAAAGAACAGCUUUUCUUUAGUGUCAUUUAGCUAGCUACUUGCUAGUGCAACUCUGAAGUUUCCAGUUGGUAGAUGCCACUAAUGUCUCUUGACUACAGAAGAUUUAAGUUUUGGUAAGACAAGGUGAUGUUUAAUCCUUUUAGCUGUGUGCAUCCCAUGAAGUGCAAUACCUGAAGGCUUUAGUGAAGACUUUAGUAUCACAACGAAACUGAGGUACAGAGAAAACAAGCCACUUUCAGUGUCCAGGAAUUUAUUAGAUUUUAUCUGGUUUUCGCUUGAUCACAGAUUACUUCAGCUGUUAUACAAACUGAACAGGUUAGAGUUUUAUUGUAUAGUACAUUAAAUUUGGUUCAUUUGGCAUCAUUUGGCCACCUGAACACUGUUCUGUGUUUUUGGUUUAGCUCAAAAAGAAAGUAUUGAAAAAAGGGAAAAGGACAAAAAGUUGAUUCUUCAGUAGAGUGUACAGCUGAUUGUAAACUGUAGGUGUUGAUGGAGUGGUAGAUUAUUUUUGUGUGCAUCUCCCAGGGUGGUUGGUCAUGCUUUGUCAUUUUACAUGUAAAAACAAUAUGAGAAGCUGAAAAGGGAUAUAAUGUUUAAUAUGUAUAUUUUGAUAUAAUUUGCACUGAAACUGUUUGCUGGCUUUUUAAGCUGGGUGAAAAGAGAGCUGUCGUUCAAAUGCAAAUCUUAGCUGUCAUUCAUUGUAAAUGCUGCCUAUUAUGAGAGAGCUGUAUUCCAAGUAAAUAGAGUUCAUUGAAACCUGAUGGUGACUGCGAGGCAGUUUAAAUUGGAUUUUCCCUUACACAACUGCAGUAGAAAUGAUGUCAACCUCACUGUUGUUACUUGGGAAUGAAAUAGGUCCGCCUUAAUGAACAGACGUCCUUUAGUUAAAGAAGGCAGAGGUGACAUUUAUUUAAUGUUUGGUACUCUCAUGUUUGCACACCUUUUGAACUUUGGUCUGUAUGUUGAUUGUUCUACCUUGAUAUCAUUUUACUGCUUUUCUGGUGUACGUGACUUGCAGUUGGGUGCACGUACUGUUUUAAUGGACCAAGUGUAAAACCUGAACAAAUUUUAGCGAUUUGCUUACCAAGUCAACAUUAUACACAGAGCAUAGUAUGAGUAAGGGUGUGCAGAAAGUUAGCUGUAAUGUAAAAUGAUUAUAUAUUUUCUAUGUGAGUGGUUUGAUGUUAAAGGGACUGUGUGUUUUUACAUUGAUAUUAAUUUGAUGAGCCAUGCAGUAGAUGGUAGAUGGCUGCGUUCGUAACCUGUGGUCCUCCAGGCAUGGUGGUCAGACAAUUUUCAGUUUUACACUUGUGAUGCUUUUUUGAUACCUGCAUACUUCUGUUUGGUCACUAAACUUGGUAGUCUACAAUCUAACAAAGGGAAGCAUGAUAUUCUGUAAAGAAAGUGACAUGGCUCAUAGCUUUGUGCUAAAUGAAGAUGAGCAACUUUUUGUCCAGGUAGAAAAUGGACACACUUGUCUGCUGAAAAUAGAUCAAUAGAUAGGGAGGGUGAAAGAGGAAGUUGGCCUAUCCAUGAGCGACUCACAGCGACAUGCUUUUAUAGUAACCAUUGCGAGGUUGGACAGGUUUUACAGAAUGUCAGCAAAGAUCUUAUUCAACGUAUAGGGGAAUUCCAUUGAUUUUUUUUCAAAACAUCUGUAUACAGUGGUUAAUAUGUAAACAGUCAUUGAGAGUGGUUUGAUGUGAAAUGCUCCAUUGUAGAGAAACUUAACUAGUCAGAAUUGUUCACAGUGGUGUUGAUAGGAACCAGACGUCUAAAGCAUUUAAAAGCUCAUUCACAGAAAUGGAUAACAUAAAAUGGUGACUCACAAAUUGCAUUAUAUCUGAGGCAUUCCAAAGUUCCGAAGACACAUGUAGGUUCACGAUUCAUUUUGGAUAGUAAAUAAAGUGUCUAUAUUUGCGUUAUAGACAUCAUGACUCCUGGUUCCUAUCACCACAACUGUAAAGAUAGCUGAGUUUCUGUACAAUGAAUGAUUUCACUUUAAACCACUCUGAGUGACUUUACAUCUCAACCACUGAAUUACACAAAAAUGUCUAUGGGGGGAAGAAACAGUCGAAUUCUGCUUCUAGAGUCACUACAUAACGUUGAAGUUGCCACUUUAAAGUUCUGCACUACUGGACUCGCCUAUGUUGGCAGGGUGAAAACAACACAUUUAGAAGUAUGCUAACGUUAUUUAGAUUACAUGACAGAAACAGUGUAACCUUGCAGAUGCAAAUAGAAAAAUAUGUGAAAUUACUAAUAAAAUGUAUUUCUGUAUUUUGACAGUUUCUCAUUAGACUGAAUUAGAUUUUUGCUGAUGUUCUGUAAAGCUUGAAGGUAUAAGCUUGGAUAGGUCUCUUGUAAUAGCAGUUUAUGUUUGCUUACAACAGUGCGUUAAUGGCUGUUAUCUGCCUAUGUAGCUUUCUGAAUAUAGUUGCAUUGCAUAAGGUGGUUUUUAGGGCUAUUUCAGAGUAGACAGUGGGUUGGUGAAACUUGAACCUGUAAAGAAGAUAACUUUGCCCAGUGGAGUACUUUCAGUUCUCAGAAAGCAUGACCUUUAAGGAAACCCUACAUUGCUUUGACUUUAAUACUUUUUUCUUUCUUAAAGCAAAACAAAUUGCAACACUGCUACAUACGUAGUGUUUAUUUUGAUGUCUUUCAGUACAUUAAAAUUAAAUACAUAUUUCAGACUGGUUUUCAAGAAACCUAAUUUCUUUCAUGCAGGAAGUUAGUAGAUACUGUAUAUCUUAACACCUGUAAUCCAAUCUACCCACCUCAAGAAUGCUAAAAGCCUGGCGUGGGGUGAUGUAUUGUUUUAUCAACAUAGCAACACUAAUCAGAUAUGUACAUUUUUGUUUGUCAUAUUUUUGGGGUAGAUGAGCUUCUGCACUACAUAUAAUUUAUGUUUUCCAUUUGAAUAUAGUUGGGACUGUAAAUCUACAUUUGGUGAAUGUUAGGAAUUACUUUAAUUUGUUUUUUUGUUUUUCAUAAUGUCAGUAUUGGGACAGUAACAUUUGAAUGCGAUGAUCAGUUUCGCACUUUUUGAGUUUUGUGUGUUUGUCAUGCUUGUGUUCAUGUGAAACCUAUGAGAUUUUGUUUUGUUUUGCCUUGUAAGCUGUUUAGAGGCUGUAUCACCCCAUGUUUCUCUAAGUACGACUAUCAGUUUAAGGCUGAAUACAAUUCAUUUACUUUAUUAUGGGAGACAACAUCUCACAAACUUGCUCAAAAUGAUUACCAGUAAUGGUCAGUGGUACUCUCCUAUACUGACCAUGGGAUCGGAUUACAUUCAUUUGUUCAGAAAUGACACAAAAUAUAUUCAGAACAUUUCCAUGUAUUUAUAGAAAUAGCACAUUUCCUUUUUACUGGAGAUAUUUGAGGUUUCCGUGUGUUUGUUGUAUGUGCGUGAACAAGUUUCCGUUACUUGAUUGCUGCAGAAAACCUGUUCAUUGUUUCGGAGAAAAAGGAGGACGAGCGACCGGAUCAUGAGUGCACUGUGUGAGAGAGUGUGUGGGGCAUGGAUAAGCUGUACUCUGUUGGCCAGUGGUCACUGCUGUCCACGUCCACUGCUGAUCGUGGUUUUGCAGAUUGUACUGAUGUACUGGUCUGUGUGCUUACCUGUUGUUAUACCUCAAGUUGCACUCUAUACUGUUUGAUUCAUGCAUGUGUUACUCUCCAAUAAAGCAUACCACGUCGGUGACCUUUCAUCAAAUAA